CAGCUCCUCAUCAUCAUCGAUCAGUUUCAGUGAGUGGGCGGACGACAGUUCAAAUUCUUGCUGGCAUAACAAAUACGGGAAGGCGCGGGCACUAUUUUCGCUUUCCUCCGCACUACUUUUCAAUCGGCGCAAUUUGUUUUGUUAGUAAGAAACACUGCAGUUUCUUCGCCUCUCGGCCCCGGCGAUCAACAAAAAAGCCCCGAAAUGUCCACCAGAAUCGCCUCCAGCAUCAAAGGUGCCCUUUUGUCGCGAUCACAACUGCAAUCGAAACCCCUUCUAUAUUCAACCUAUCGGGGAUUGUUCGAUUUCACGCCCAUCACAAAUACGAGGCGAGAAUUCAAGCAGAAGAAACUAGCAGGCUACUCCAUGGAACAACUGUACGACGUGGUGUCCGACGUCGAGAAAUACAACACCUUCGUGCCGUUCUGUAAAAAGUCCCACGUCUACGCCAAGAAGCCCGGCUCCCUGAAGGCAGACCUCAUCAUCGGAUUCCCCCCGUUGAACGAAAGCUACACCUCGAAUGUGACCCUGGUGCGGCCCAGCCUGGUCCAGGCGGAAUGCGUCGACGGGCGGCUGUUCAACUAUCUGCUGACGGCGUGGCAGUUCAGUCCGGGCCUGAAGGACAUCCCCCAGUCGUGUGUGAUCGAUUUCAUGGUGGCGUUCGAGUUCAAAUCCGCACUCCACUCGCAGCUGUCCAAUCUGUUCUUCGAUCAGCUGGUCAAACAGAUGGAGUACGCGUUCAUUCAGGAAGCGGGCCACCGUUACGGCCGGCCAUCAAUCAAAAGUCACGUUCUGGUGUCGAAUACGUCGUGAUUCGGUCAAUGAAGCGCUUAUUUGUGUUAGAAGGAAAUUAUGACUCUUACGUAUAUUUAUUUGGGAUAGAAUGAGACGUAUUUGUACAUAUAUUGUGUCAUAUUUAUAGCGAAAGGUGAUUAUUUAAUUUACGGGUCGGUGUGCGACCUAGACUUGCUAUGCGGACAGCCAAAUCGGUAUUGAAGACUGCGGGGCCAGCACAGAGGGCAGCAGAAACAAAUUCACAAGAUGGACGAACAUUGGUAAAACGAUGAAUAACAAUAUAAGCCCUCGAUUGUAAAUCAGGAUAAA